CUAAAACAAAGCAACACUGUAGAUAUGAAUAAUUAUAAUACCUAUAUGGAAAACGUAAGACGAAGUAAAAAUGUCGCUUUAGAAUUAUUAGAAGAUACGAAGGAUAUGUUCGAAGGAAUUAAAGUCGAAAGCCCAAUCAAUAAUCCAAAUUCCGGUAAAUUUAAAAAUAGCGACGUAGAUGUCGAAGCAGGACCUAGUACGAGUAGAGAUAAAUCGAAAAAGCCAACCGAGUUCGUUAAAUAUGGGAAAAUAACAUUUAAUACAACAGCGAUACUGCACCACUACCCUCAAAUUGCUAAAAACAAAGGAUGCACAGAAAACUGUUUGCCAAAUCAAUCAGUGUCAGUAGCUACUAAAAAAUCUGAUUUAAAUCUUGCUGUGGACGAAAUACGUGUUGACAAUAAUAACGAUGUAAAAUCUGAAAAUAAACAAUCUAAGAUCACUGGAGCCGCAACGAGAGAUAACUAUAACAAUAAUGAAACGGCUAAAGUGGAUUGUGUCAUUAACUCGGACAACACGGUCGAGAUUCUAAAGAAGCCGGUCAAGUUCACAGAGGAAAAGCUUGUAUGAGGUUUGGAGAUAAGGUUCUUUUCACUGCACUUUCGCAUAUGCAGGCUCUGGCAUGAAAUGCGAAGAGCAGCGAGAGUGAAAUCAAACAUAUCGCAAAUAGAAAUGUUGUAAAUAAAACAAAGACUGGUGAAGAUAUAAUAUUAAAGAUAUUAAAUGUAUAUUGAAUGUAAAAUAUGAAGAUUUUAAAGUAAUCGUUCGAGCUGUCAUUCGUUCUUAUGUAAGAAUAACCGGCUAGGUCACUGAUCGAGUGAAUGUUUUGAAUAACACUGCUAUAUCCAAUUAGGAACAUAGUCUCAAAUCCGUCUCAAUAGAUUAACUUAGAGUAAACUAAGACUAGGUUAAAAAUCAAUAAUUUAGAAGAGUUUAGCUGCUAAUAUUUUUGGAAGAGAAAUAAAUCA